AAGAAAAAUGUAAAUGAGACUAAGAAACUGUCUGAGCUGGAGCCUUUCACRGACUACAGCUGUACCGGUCACAUCAAGGACAACAAUGUCCCCAUAAACAAAACAACUGAAGUUCUCGUCCAGAUCAACUGUGAUCUCAAAAUAACCAUCACAACAAUAACCUCUGACAACACAUCCCUUGAGCUGACUUGGAAAACGGCCAGUGAGAAUUGUGAAGCCGGGAUUCCGAAGCUUUCGUACAACUGCAGCUGUAGAAGCCAUGAAUGGCAUGGUAAAUGGCAUGAGAACUCACCCAGGUCUUCAGAAGAAACCUGCAAGAUUUCAGGUCUGAGUCCAUUCACCGAUUACAACUGCCUGGUCACUGCCACCUACAACAACUUCUUACACACAUCCCCUCCAGUUCAUGGGAGAACCAAGGUUGGAGGUCAGUGACAAACAGAAUGAAACCAGUUGUACUUUUUGGAKCACAACUAGAAUGUGGAGUCAGUGGAGUUACUACCUCCUCCAAAGCCCAACAGACUCCUGAUGAAACCACWUUUAAAUUCACUAGAUCUGGAUUUUUAUUUGGAUCUGCACUAAAAUAAAUAUAAGUCCACUAUUUAACUUUAUUGUAUAUUGUUUAUAAGUGUUAAAAUAUCACUUUUGUGAGUAUGCAUACAGUGUUGUAUAUGUUUUUCUUGACUUUCUUACAGUACCAGASAAAGUUAYUCAACUGAAGCUGAUGGUUAAAGAGCAUAAUACGAUCRAUGUGACCUGCAAACUUUCACAAGAGCGAUUCAAUGGASRUAAUGGAAGWUUCAAAGCACGACUUUUGUAURAUGGUACUGAUCAGUUGGUCACUGAGAAGAAUUCAACAGGAUGUGAUUUUAAAUUCGACAACCUGUACUACUCUACGAGCUACAAAGUGGAGGUGUUUGCUGUCAACAGUGAGUUGGAGAGCAAACCCGAGAUCAAGUCUAUUUCUACUGACUAUAAUGACAAAGCUGUCAUCGGUUUCCUCGUGUUCCUCAUCAUCUUCACAUCUGUGGCUCUGCUGCUGGUCAUCUACAAGAUCUUCGUCUUGAAGCGCAGGAAGUCCCAUGACCUGAGUGAGAACAUGAUACUUAUUUCAACAGCAAAUGAUGAGGAGAACCUGCUGCCCGUCGAGCCGAUUGCAGCAGAGGUGCUGCUGGAAGCCUACAAGAGGAAACUGGCUGAUGAAGGAAGACUGUUCCUGGCUGAGUUUCAGAGCAUCCCCAGAAUCUUCUCCAGGCACGCGGUGAAAGAGGCCAAAAAGCCCUGCAAUGUCCCCAAGAACCGCUACGUGGACAUCUUACCCUAUGAUUAUAACCGUGUCCAGCUGACCACAGGAAACGGCGAAGCAGGAUGUGACUACAUCAACGCCAGCUUCAUUGAUGGGUACAAGGAAGCUAAAAAGUACAUUGCAGCUCAAGGCCCAAAGGAUGAGACUGUGAGUGACUUCUGGAGGAUGGUCUGGGAGCAGCAGUCAUCUAUCAUCGUCAUGGUAACCCGCUGUGAAGAGGGAAACCGGGUCAAGUGUGCGCAGUACUGGCCGUCUCCAGAGAGGGAGACUGAGAUCUUUGAGGAGUUUAUACUGAAGCUGAACUCAGAGGAACACUGUCCCGAUUACACCAUCCGUCACCUCAUCAUAACCAACAAGAGGGAGAAGACCUCAGAAAGGGAGGUGACCCACAUCCAGUUCAUGAGUUGGCCUGACCAUGGCGUCCCAGCGGAGCCACACCUCCUUCUGAAACUGAGGCGGCGCGUCAACAGUUUCAAGAAUUUCUUCAGCGGCCCCAUUGUCCUCCACUGCAGUGCUGGAGUGGGUAGAACAGGGACUUAUAUUGGCAUUGAUGCCAUGAUGGAGGCUCUGGAGGCGGAGGGCAGAGUGGACAUCUACGGUUACAUGGUCAGACUCCGCAGACAGAGAUGCCUCAUGGUUCAAGUGGAGGCCCAGUACAUCCUGAUUCAUCAGGCUCUGGUGGAGCACAACCAGUUCGGAGAGACUGAGAUCCCUCUGUCCGAACUCCACAGCAUCCUGAGCACACUCAAACUGAAAAGCUCUGAGAGCGAACUCACCCUGAUGGAGGAGGAGUUUGAUAGACUCCCCACGUUUCUAAAUUGGAGGACGUUCAACACAGGGAUCACUGAGGAGAACAAGGAGAGGAAUCGCUCUUCGUCUGUCAUCCCCUAUGACUACAACCGAGUGCUGCUGAAGCUCGAUGAAGGACUCAGUCGUGACAGUGAAGCAGGUGAAGAUGAUGAGGAGGAGUCAUCAGAUGAAGAGGAUGAAGAAUCUAGUAGAUACAUCAAUGCCUCCCAUGUCAAUGGAUACUGGGGCCCACGUGCCCUCAUCGCAGCACAGACUCCACUGCCAGACACCAUGGCUGAUUUCUGGCUGAUGGUUUACCAGAAGAAGGUGUCCACUAUCGUCAUGCUCUCAGAGGAGAAUAAGGAGUCUGACACUGUGUACUGGGAUAAAGACAAGAGGACAUUUGGGGACUUGGAGGUGGAGGUGGCGAGUACAGACGCCAACCCGACUUUCAUCAGCCGCAACCUGCUGAUCCGCCAUGUUAGGAGGACAGAGAGUCGCUCGGUGAGACAGUUCCAGUUCCUGAAGUGGGUGAACAGGGAGCUGCCGGAGACACCGCAGUGUCUCGCAGACAUGAUGAAGGAGAUCAAGAACAGCGGUGGAGGCAGUAAAUCACAGACAACCGUGGUCCACUGCAAUGACGGCUCGUCCCGCACCGGGGUUUUCUGCGCCCUGUGGAAUAUGCUGGACAGCGCUCAGACGGAGAAAUUGGUGGAUGUUUUCCAGGUGGUCAAAACUCUACGUAAGGAGAGACAGAACAUGAUCUCCAGCCUGGAGCAGUACCAGUUCUUGUAUGAGACAAUGCAGAUGGUCUUCCCCGUCCAGAAUGGGGAAGUGAAAGCAGUGCAGGCCUCUCCAGCUGACUCCAUCCAGAUUAUCAGUGAAACCAAAGCAGAGGAGCAGCCAGACAGCGCUGCCAGCAGCAAGCAGCCGGAGGCAGCAGAGAGCACUCAACUGAUGAUUGUGGAAGAGAAAAAUGUGGAGCCUGAUAAAGACUCCGGGCUGAUGGAGGACACCAGCAACAGCUCCACUGUCCCUCUGGAGAUCUGAGGAGCAGGGGCACGCAGGGGCUGGGCCUUUUCCUGUGGAGAUAUCUGCUGCAGCUGAAUGCUCUCUUUUCAGUUUCUUCAGGAAUGUAUAGAAACUGUUAAACUCAAUGUGGUUCAAGUUCUUAAGUGUUGAAGAAUUUGAUCAAAUGUUUUAAUUUUAAUUUCCAAAGAGAGAAAAAUAUAGUUUGAGUAAGUUAUAAAUAUUUUAGUAGCUAAAUGUGUAAGGAUGCAAGUGUGAACAAUGUUAAUGCUGUGGUCAAACUCCAGACUUUGGAUUUACUGUUUAUUGAAAGGUAAAAGAACAAAAUUUUCAAAUAUACAAUAUGUUGUUUUAUAUUCCACUGUAACAUGCAUUUCAGUUGAGAGAGUUAGUU